UUUUUAAAAAUUCUGUAAUAUUAAUUUAGAGAGAUUCCCCUUUUAAAUGAAACUGACGCGUACAAAUAUAUUGGAAGUGUCAAAACUAUUUUCAUUAUGGUUGGUGGUCAGUUUAAUUCUAACAUGAACAAACUAUGUGAGAGAUUAAAAAGUUUUCACAAGUGGCCUGACACUGCUAAUGUGAAGCCAAAGGAUCUUGCUGAAGCUGGCUUUUACUACACAGGAAUCGGCUUCACUGUUUGCUGUUUUAGUUGCGAUGGGAGAAUAGCUGAAUGGAAACUUGGCGAAAUACCUUUAGAAAAGCAUCGCAGGCUUUUUGGACAUUCUUGCAAUUUUUUGAGGCAACUUGACUCUGAUAGACCAAAUUAUACAUCUACAUCAAUGAACAUUGCCCAUAAUUUUGAUGUUAUUGAUUGUAACAUGGAGAAUGAGGAAAACCGGCUACUCAGUUUCCAACGCAAUGCUGGCUGGAAAGGUAAAGUUGACCCAAGGAAACUCGCCGCAGCAGGGUUUUAUUACAUUGGAGUGCUUGACCAUGUUAAGUGCUUUGCUUGUGAUCUGACAUUAAUGGCAUGGGAACCCGAUGAUGAUCCAUUCAUUGAACAUUUUAAGAAUCAGCCCAAGUGCAGUUUCAUAUCCAACUUUUCAAGGAAAUAUUCAGUAUCAAUUCGACAAAAUACCAAUGAGCCGGCAACUAAUUUGUUUCUACCAAAUCUUGAGCAAUCCAUGAGAGAUAUACAAAUGGGAACAGUUCAAAACUAUAGGCCUCCUUCACCAGUCAGUUACUUGCCACGUACUCAGCCAAAUUAUUCCAAAGAGCAUGCUCGCCUUCACUCUUUCAUUAAUUGGCCAAAAUAUUGUCCAGUGCGACCCAAAGAGCUGAUCGAUGCUGGAUUUUACUAUACUGGAUAUGAAGACCAAGUGCAGUGUUUCAAAUGUGGUAUAAUAUUGGCAGGAUGGGAACCACAAGACACACCUUGGGGGGAACAUGAGAAAUGGGCCAAGGAUUGCCCUUUAGUCAUUGAACACUGUCGCCAAAGGAACCCCCACAUUGCCCAAGAUAUCUCCACAGUUCCCAUGCUACCUCAAGAACAAACCUGGAAGACACCACCCAAACCAUUGGUCCCGCAUGCAACUAUUCCUCAAGUAAUACCAAACAACGAACCUGAAUUUGUCAAGGCCCAUUUUCAAUUUCCAACUGAGCGUUAUGAUUCAAAUACAAAAGUGCAGAUCUCUAGUGAAAAAUCCAUAGGUGAAAAUCAGUUAUUUUAUUUGGCACAUGGAGUUCAAAAACUGCUUGAAGAGGGUAGUUAUGAUUUGUCUACUAUUCAAGAGGCCAUUAGUCAAAGAAAAAAAAUUGAUAGAGUACCCAUCAAUAGUAUGAAUGAUCUUAUGGACGCAGUAGAAUUUUAUCAUGAUAAAUUGCAAUCAAAGGAGAAACAUGUGGAAGUUGUGAAACUUCCAGCAGAAAACCUGACUAAACCAGAGUUGCCUGUGAGCCAAGCAGCAAUCAAUGAGCAAAUGUGGAAACAAGAGGAUGCUCACAGAUGUAAAAUUUGCCUUGACGCUGAGAUAGGAAUUGUAUUUCUCCCAUGUGGGCAUUUAGUAUGUUGUCCUAACUGUGCACAUGAAAUACGGACAAAAAAAAAUAGUGUCUGCCCAAUUUGUCGUCAGCAUAUUACCGAUAUGAUUCGAAGUUACUUAGCAUGAUUUAUUUGGGUGAUGAACUCAUAAAGAUACUCAUACUUGUCUUCAUGUGUCUUGAUUUUAACUACAAUGUGGCAUAUGUGUUUAUUGAUUUAUUCAUAACAUUUUCACAUUAAAUGAUCCACACUAA